UAAUAUUCUAUGUAAACAGUGAACGGAUAAAACGGCGCCGCCCAUGAUUAGACAUUACACUGCAGUUAUGCAGUGAUUUGAUGUAUCACCGGGUGAAUUAUUCACCCGGCACUAUAUAUACCGCACUUCGCGGGAGAAAAUAAACAACACAACAACAAUAACUUACUCUCCAACCUUGCUUAAAAUCUCUCUAUAAUACAAUACGUUAUCAGCACCAUUUCGCUCUACUAUCAAAAGAAAUGGCUAGACUUGCAAACCGAGACUUUGAGAUCCUUGAAGCCUCAGGCCAAAGAUACCUAGAAUGGAGGGUGGAUGCAAAAGCUUACCUAAAGUCACUGAGCCUUGACCACACCAUUGUCGAAGAUGGUGCCCCUACCCCCUUGGAGCAAGCGAAAGCAUUGGUGUAUCUCAAACACCAUAUACAUGAAGAACUCAAGUCUGAAUACAUCCUUGUGGAAGAUCCCAAAGAAUUAUGGGAUAACCUAAAGGAUAGAUUUGAGCAUUUGCAAAGAAUUAUCGCUCCAAGGGCCCAACAUGAAUGGUCAGUACUCAGGUUCCAGGACUUUGCAUCAGUACGCGAGUACAAUUCUGCGGUACUUCGCAUCACCUCACAGCUAAAGUUGUGUGGGGAACCUGUGUCUGAACGAGCCAUGAUUGAGAAAACUCUCUCCACUAUGCAUGCCAAUAAUGUUGUUCAGCAAGAACAAUAUCGUGAAAGGCGUUGCCAAAAGUUCUGCGACCUAAUUGCCAUCCUUUUGGUCGCAGAACAGAACAAUCAAAUCCUGCUCUCAAUUCAUAAUCAAAGGCCAGCAGGUACCAGCGCAGCGGCAGUUGAAACGAAUGCCACUAGAGGUGGCAAGCGCUGGAACAAGCGGGGAGGUAACUCAAACUGGAAUGGCCAAUUCAACAAUAGGGGUAAUGGAGGAAGAAAUAACAAUGGAAGUGGCAGGGGAAGAGGAAGAGGACGAGGACGCCAAAACUGGCGCCCAAAUAGAGGACGCGGAGGAAGAAACUCCCAACAAAGAACACAAGAGAAAUGCUUUAAAUGUGGCAUUCAAGGGCAUUGGGCAAAUGAAUGUCGCACAGCCAAACAUCUUGUGGAUCUAUAUGUGGCCUCUACUAAGGGUCAAGGGAGACGUGGCGAAACAAAUUUCGUCACUGAAACUAGUCCACUCCCGGACCUCGAUGUAGCUGACUACCUCGUGGAAGAUAUUUCCAAUGCCUAGCCCUCUUAUUCCCCCUAGAUCAACCUCCGAUGUUGUUUUAUGUUGUUGUAUCACUCUACUUCAUGUACACUUGUUUUAUUUGAUGUCUCUUUUAAACAUUUCAUGUAAUGUACUUCUUUUCAAUGAAUAAAUUUCUUAGAUUUUGACAAA